AUGGGGAAGCAGCACUUCCUCAAGGCGGCGGCCAGGGCUCUGCGGAGGGCCUGCCCGCCGCAGGCCCGCUAUCUCAUGUGGUCCUACUAUGUUUCGCAUGCUGACAAAAAGAAGUCCGAUGACUUGUGCCCUCGGUGUUUCCAGUUCCUGACGCUGGACAUCUGCAGAGUGCGCCUCAAGCCCAAACCGAAAAUAACGCCGCAGAUCGAGAAACUUCUGAAACGGGAGGCGGACGGGACGCGGAGGCUCAGUUUUAAGCAAAGGCAAAUUCUCAGCCGAUACAAGAACUCCCCAAACACUCUGCUGGUCACCUGUCCUUCGUGCAACAAGGCCGUCAGUAGGAAAGGUAAGAGCCGAAGUUUUCCGGGAGCCCCGCCCGGGAGCUGGAACACACCCAAAACGCAGCCCGCAAGGAAGACACCAGACGGAAAGACGGUGAAAUCAGCCAGUAAGAUGAAUUCCUCCUUCGGCCCCCAUCAAUCCGGCUCCGGAGGCAGCGGCAGCCCCGCGCUCCCUUUCAGAUCAUCUUCUGGCCAGUCGACCCCCAUUUCCUCCUCAAAGGACCCCGGCAAAAGAAAGCAGCAUUUCUCUCAGCUGAAGAUGCUCCUCAAAGGUGAAGAGACCCCCAAGAAGGGAAAGGGGGACUUCAGGAAUUUCUUACUGUCCCUCUGAA